AUGAAACCUAUCUACCUCCUCACCCCCCUCCUAUCCCUCCUCCCCCUCACAACCCCCCACCCCACCACCACCACCCCUCCUCCAGACAACAAAGCAAUAACCCCCGGCCACGCCACCAUCCACAACAACUGCACGACCCCCAUCUACAUCUGGAGCGUUUCCUCCACCACCUCCCCGCAAUACACCAUCCCGGCAACCCAAAACUACAGCGAAAUAUUCCACCACGACGCGCAAACCGGCGGCGUGAGCAUCAAAAUCACCACCGUUCGAAACGGCCUCUACACGGGAUCCCCGCAGAUGAUCUUUGCGUAUAAUUUGGUGAACGAGCAGGUGUGGUUCGAUUUGUCGGAUGUGUUUGGGGAUCCGUUUCGGGGGAGGAGGGUUACGGUGGGGGUUGUUGCGGGGGGUGGUGGAGGAGGAGGAGGGGGGGAAGAGAAGGAGAUGAUUGUUUGGGAGGAUGGGGUGCCGGUGGGGGGGAGUCAGGUUAGGGUGAUCGGGGGGGAGGGGGAGGUGGUUGUUAGGGUUUGUGCUUGA